AUGAACCUCCGCUUGUUAUUCCGCAUCUUCUAUACCUCAUUCUUCACCAUCCUCUGUAUCGUCUUGGUUGGGCUAUUGACCAUUACACCCGCCGAUGCCAUCCGACAAGCCCUCACCAACAAACAGCUCUACAAUGUCUUCGUGAUAGCUGGGUGCUACUUCAUCACCAUCUUCUUUGCAUUUCUGAUCUACGCCUCAAGGCUCUAUACGAACAGGGCAGUUCUAAGUGGCAUACCGAAGACAUGGAUUCCGGUGGAGAAGGGGGAGGUAACCAAAUAUGUCAGGAGAAUGAUCGUUGCAGGUCUGAACAGAAGCGCCGCUAUAGCAUGGGAUUCUCGACCACGCAUAUCCCCACAACCAGCCAUCACUGUGUCUGUGCCAGAUGCUCGAGAUUCAAUCGCCAAACUGCCGGAUUCCGAAGGCAAGGACAGGGAAAGCGGAUGGCUCCGUCGCAAGUUACAAUCGGAAAAGGAGGAAGACACAAUCGAUAUUCUCCCUCCGCGGCCUGUCUGGGGAGAGAUCUCUCACAAUGGAUGGGCGUCACCUACGUCUCCAGAUUUACCAAAUCUACAGUACACCAUAGUAAUAUUGGAAUUACCUCACCUUAUCGAGGCAAGGGCUGUUUCGCUUGCACCAUUGGAUACCGAAUCAAACCCCGAGCAACCAAUGCCUGAUAUACGAGCGGUGCAAUUACUACAGCGAACAGCUUCUGUGGGCCUUCGGGAUUACAUUGGACAUCUUAUUAGCAUUGGAGUGAUUACGUCCACAUCCGCAGCCGGCCAGUUUUUGAUCAGCUAUGAAUGCGCACGAUUUGGUUCACGCGCAAUUAGCGAACAUAAUUUCCGGGUCCUCAUGAAUGAAUUCGCCGAAGUCCUGCGUAGUAUGGCCCCCCUCAGCCCGCCAAUUCUCGGAAGUCUUGGUAUCGAGCUAGAAGGGAAUAGUUAUCACGAUGCGUCAUUGAGUUCGACCCCCAAAACUCCUCGGAGCCCGUCGCUGGCAUCCUCUCGCAGCCUAACGAGCCGCAGCGGAAGUGAAGGUACUAUCCGAACGGCACGAUCUCGGGCUAUAGACACAAGUCGAAACUCACCGAUGAAACGCUCGAUAUUCAGCACCGCACCAGCUACACCUAGAAGCAGGAACUGUGUGGUAUCUAGGAAACCUAGUGCGGAUAGCUUUGCACAGAGCAGGAGGCCUUAUAAUGGGAGCAGUAGUUCGUCCAGCGGGAGCUUACGAUCCACGAGUCAGGGCAGUGUCGUCAAACUCAACAUGUCGGAUCAAGAGGGCGACUUGCCUUAUACAUUGAACAUACCCAGAACAUGGAAUUAA